GACGCCAUAUCUAGAGAAAGUCUAGUGAUUUUAAUUUGCCGCUGGUUUCUAGCGUCAAUGAAAUUGCACCUUAAGUUCUUUGGUGGCAUUUACAUAAACGUAGAAGCGUCAAAUCAAACGUAGUUGAAUAUGUCGUAGACUUCGUUCGGUUUAAUUUGUUUUAAUUAAUUCGCCGCUCAAACGUAAGAUCGAGUAAACUUUGGCGCGUAAUUAACAAUCAGAGAGGAAAGUCUCCUUAGGAAAAAUCUCCUUAAUAUAAAGGAAAAAUCUCCUUAAUAUCAUCGCCGCAAAUAUAUAUAUAUAUAUACCAAAACACAUUGGAAAAAUGGCGGAGCAGAGUGACAGAAGUCAAUUACCGCCCGGUUGGGAAUGCAGAUAUGACAUUCGUAGUGGUCGUCCAUAUUUUAUAAAUCAUUUCAAUCGCACCACAACAUGGGAAGAUCCAAGAGUAAGGUACUGGCAGUAUUCUCAGUAUAUUCAAUCUCAGAAUUCAAUGGCUCUGAGUUCAGCUACUACUACUACUUCUCAAGAUAUUCCUAUGCAGGAGCUGAAAACACCACUAUCAUUGAAAUCUACCAGUGCAGUAACAACUCGGUUCGGUGAUUUAACUUUAGAAUCCCCGACUCCAAUAAGAAAUACAGAGACAAGCUUUACUCAAAACUCCGACUCUGAAUCACAAGUGGCAAAAAUCAACGCUGUAUUUCCAACAGUUUCUGAUACACAUAUUCGUCUUUUACUGAAAAAAUACCAUAACAGAGCAGCUUUGGUCAUGAGUGCCCUUCAAGUGGAAAAGAAUCCUCUUUGCGCCCCAGGACCAUGUACGCCUGUAGGAGUGCAUUCAAAUUAUACAAUUCCGAGAUGGCGUCUACCAGCUCAUGCUAUACAUGCAGCACUAACAUUGAGUCCGCCUCGCGGAGUUCGGCCAGCCCCUAACUCCCCAAAAAUGAAACUUAGGUACCUGAAAAGUAUAUUUCCAAAAGUGGACGAAACAAUAUUAUUGGAUAUAUUAGAACAGAGCGAUAAUAAUGUGCAAAAGGCUUCUGAAAAACUAAUUGAUUUAGGAUAUGAAAAACGAAAUACUUUUCCUGCCAAGGCUGUAGCAAAAAAGAAAGAAGAGGAAAAGACAACCAAUGAGCAAACUGCACCUACACCACCUCCACGCAUGAAAAGUUUAGAAGAAAAGAAUUUAUUGAAAAAGCGCUUAAUGGAAAAAUAUAAAAUGGUACCAGAUCGAGUAGUAAUGCUUGCCAUGGAUAGUGUAGAUUAUGAUGAAGAAAGAGCAAUACAUAUAUUAGAUAUAGUAGUAGCAGAGGAAGCUAAUCGUCCACUAUGUACUUCUAGUAGUCAAAGCAGUAAAAGUAAUGAACGAAAAGAUAGUCCACCAGUAAUGGAAGCUAUAAAAUUGACUGUUUCUCCGAUUAAAAAACUUAAUAAAGAAGCAGAGACUGAAAAGUCGAAACGGUCCAAAAAUAAGACUGAAAUACCAAAAGUUUCACGUGGAACUAGUACUACAGAGGACAAAGAAUAUAAAUCCCCAUAUUUAAUAAAACCAAUCGGAUCAAACUCUGAUUUAGUAAAAGGAGCAAAUAAUGAUCUAUUAUUGCCAGAUUAUGCGCCAUGGUCAGGGCCAGAUGGAAGUUUGCUGUCCAAACAACCAUUUUCAAGAUCACUCGCGAUAGGACAUGAUGCGACUUUACUUUCUACAAAUAAUUGCCUCGCUAAAGGUCCGCAAUCUGAAUUACGAAAAGGACCACUAAGAGGAUUGGCUCAAGGUUCCAUUUAUUCACAAAGGAAUGUAGCUAAUACAGAGAGUCGUGGUAAAUGAAAUAUGUGCAAUUGUUUUUCUUAAUAUAUUUUUACAUCUACUAAAUAGUUAAACAUAUUAGAUUUUAAUUUGGUGACAAUUGUACAAUUGUUUUGUUUUUGGGAUUAUGUAUAUAAUUAUGAUUUGCA